GGCGGGGGCCGGCCCGGGCGGGGCAGCGGCGGCGCGUCACUCUCCGGCCGCCCCGGCGCGUCCCUCCGCCGGGUGUCUCCUCACGGGCGGCCAGCGCCCCGGGUGUCCCCCCCUGUCCCUGUGUCCCCUCCCCGCCUCACUCGGAGCCCAUGAGCCUCCCCGAGGGGCUGUGACAGCGCCCGGCACCGCCGCACGGCCCCCUCUGUUCUCAGUGUCUCUCCUGAAGGGAUGGAGAACUCAUCGGUGGCGUCGGCCUCCUCGGAGGCGGGGAGCAGCCGCUCUCAGGAGAUUGAGGAGCUGGAGCGUUUCAUCGACAGCUAUGUCCUGGAGUACCAGGUGCAGGGGCUGCUGACAGAUAAAACGGAGGGGGACGGAGAGAGCGAGAAGACACAGUCCCACAUCUCGCAGUGGACGGCAGAUUGUAGUGAGCAGCUUGAUGGCAGCUGUUCCCCAUCCCGAGGGAAGGGCUUGUCGUCUCACGAACACAAUCAGGAAGAGUGGGAUCACAGCAGCAGCGGGAGCGCAGGAUCCCGGCCGGGCUCAGGCUCCAGACGUGGGUCUGGAUCCAGGUCCGGCAGCCGCGGGAGAAGCAGCCAGUUCAGGCAAUCGAUCAAGAACGGCAACAAGGAGACCUCCCUUGACAUGCUGGGCACGGACAUCUGGGCUGCCAACACCUUCGACUCCUUCAGUGGCGUGACGUGGGACUCGCAGCCUGAAAAACUUGAUUUCACCCAAUUUCACAGGAAGCUGCGGAACACCUCCAAACACCCAUUGCCUCACAUAGACAGAGAAGGGCUUGGAAAAGGGAAAUACGAGGAUGGCGACAGCAUCAACUUGAACGACAUAGAGAAAGUCCUUCCGGUGUGGCAGGGUUACCAUCCGUUGCCUCAUGAAGCUGAAAUCGCACACACCAAAAAACUCUUCAGAAGGAGGAGAAAUGACCGGAGGAGACAGCAGCGACUUCCCAGUGGGAACAAGCCUCAGCAACAUGCAGAUCAUCAGCAAGGUGGCACCAAACACAACAGGGACCACCAGAAACUCUACCAAGGAGGCCAAGCCCCUCACUCCUCGGGCAGGACGGGCCACCAUGGCUACAGCCAGAACCGGAGAUGGCACCACAACCAGAAGCACUCACCCAAUGACAAAGAAACGCACAGAAACGCCAAAGAGACUGAGAAUUUGAAAAUCGAGGACGCCUCCGUCUGCACGGUGCACAUUCCGGUGGAGACGCACCGAGGCCCGGAGGCCGUGGAGAAGCCGUCUCAGCAGUUCGUCCAGGAGUCGGAGACCAAGCGGAAAGACAGUGUUCACGAGCGCAUUGGGGAAAGACCCAAAAUCAAUUUGCUUCAGUCUUCCAAAGACAGGCUGCGGAGGAGGCUAAAAGAAAAGACGCCUUGUCUUUCCCUUUUCACGGACCAGGACGAAGUCACGGUGGAAAACACCAAUCCCGAAAAGAACAAAAUGGACAAAUUAAUUGAAAUCCUAAACAGCAUGAGGAACAACAGCAGCGACGUUGACUCCAAGCUCACCACCUUCAUGGAGGAAGCCCAGAACUCUACCAACUCUGAGGAGAUGCUGGGGGAGAUAGUCAAGACCAUCUACCAGAAGGCGGUGACGGACCGCAGCUUUGCAUCCACGGCAGCCAAGCUCUGUGACAAAAUGGCCCUUUUCAUGGUGGAAGGAACCAAAUUCCGGAGCCUGCUCCUCAACAUGUUGCAGAAGGAUUUCACCAUGCGGGAGGAGUUGCAGCAGCGGGAUGUGGAACGUUGGCUGGGGUUCAUCACCUUCCUCUGCGAAGUCUUCGGCACCAUGAGGAGCAGCACCGGAGAACCUUUCCGAGUCCUCGUCUGUCCCAUUUAUACCUGCCUCAGGGAGUUAUUGCAAUCUCAGGAUGUGAAGGAAGACGCUGUGCUCUGCUGCUCCAUGGAGCUGCAGAGCACCGGCCGGCUGCUGGAGGAGCAGCUGCCCGAGAUGAUGACGGAGCUGCUGGCGAUAGCCCGCGACAAGAUGCUGUGUCCCUCCGAGUCCAUGCUGACGCGCUCCCUGCUGCUGGAGGUCAUCGAGCUGCACGCCAACAACUGGAACCCCCUGACGCCCACCAUCACGCAGUACUACAACAAAACCAUCCAGAAACUGACGGCCUGAGGGGCACGGCAAGGUGGGGUGGGAAGGGCCGAGGAGAAGACACAAACACUUUGAUGGGGAUCCAGCAAGAGCUUUUCCCAUUUCAAUCCCCCCAGCAAGACCAAACCCCAGCAUGCUCGAGAAUCCGUUCGUGGGGUGGGGAGGGAGAAGCAUGUUUCUUUUUUUCAGCCACGUCGCCAAGUGCCACCCCUCUUCUUCCCCGCCGUGGUUUUUGUUCUAGGGGGUGUUUCUUUUUGUUUCUUCUGAACUCAUUGCUCAAGCGGCAGCAACGCAUCCUGCCGGGUUAUUGUUAAGAAGAUGGAGAAUAAUCCAAGUAGGGGCUGGUAUUGUUUUCACGCCGUCCUCCUGCCUUGCCCCGGCCAACUGGCAGGAGACAGCAGGCAGCAGAUGUCUCGGGAGGACAAAGCCAGACACACACGACACCAGAUGCUCAUAAUUGAUGGCUUUUGUCGAGCGGGGGCUUGCGUUAGGUUUUAUCCCCCCCCUCAGCCUUUCCUCUUGUCUUCGACUUUCUGUGUGUCCCUCCCCUCCCCGCCAGCCCUUCAGCAGCGGGCGGGAGAGCGGGGAUAGCUUUCUGAUUUGCACUGGGUUUUCUUUUUUCUCGGGCGUUUGUAUUUUCUUCCUGUUUUGUUGUUCUCGUUGAACGGACAAUUGCGAGCAGCUCGGAGACGGGGAAGGCAACACCUUCCCGCGAGCUGAUAACCGUUUACGUGAAGAUGCUGAAGCAGGAGGAGUAUUUUCCAGGAGUCCAAAAGCCACUUGUAGAAGUAACGUCGCCACCGUCGUCUUGCUAGUGACCUCCUCGAUGGACUGAGAAACGUGUCCUCUGAGCUGGGAGCUCUAAAAACCAGGGGAUUCUGCAGCUCUUGCUGUUAAAUUCACCGUUAUCCCUCAGCCACUAUAGCCCAUUUCAUAAUGUUAUUUUUUUGUUUGUUUGUUUCCAUUGAAGGAGUGCUUUAUUGUAAUUAAUGUCCUGGUUGUAAUUAUACAUUUAAAUCCAGGCCUGUUAAGAGUCAGGCCUAAUGGUGUACAGGGCGAGGGAGUAAUGAAGGUUUGAUGUUCUUUGGAGACUGGGAAAGACAAGGUGUGAAUAGCGGAAAAAAGGAGGAAAAAUAAGAAAAGCCAAAAAUAGAGGUUUUUGAGCCUGGCUUCGAACUAGGUGAAUUUGCUCGCCAGUGUUUCUGGGUGUGUGGUGGACGGGAGUGGAUCUGCCCCAAGGUUGGUUUAAGUGUCGCUGUGUCCUGGAGGGAUGGGCGAUGUGUUCAGAGGAGGACAGUUUGCCCGGGGAUCCCCAUGUAUCUCUGUGCUGGAGCAUCCUGAGGCAGAGGGGGAUGACGGCGAGAUGCCACCUGGGUGAGGAGAUGCCCAGAGAAUGAGGACGCUGGAAUGGACUGACACACCACAGCAUUGCAUCACUCCCCAGAUCGUCAACAAGUCUUGGUGGUCUCCUUAUUUGCUUGUCUAGUGAUGCUUUGACUUAUUAAAUCACAUCAGGUGCUUAUUUCAGUGAAGCCUCACGGGGAUUUGAGCUGCCCCAUCCCACUGGCGCAGUGGAAGAGAAGCCAAGGAAAGCAUGAUGCCGGCAGCCCAUCCUGUUUUGCUUCCCAAUAUUCAAUUUAUUUUCCUUUCCUGGUGUAAGAAGAUAACUCACACCGUGGUGCCAGCUCACACAGACCCCAGACCGAGCAGGCUGGGUCUGAACUCAGCAGCUCAAACCCAUUUUUUCCAAGCAAAACACUGAAUUUCUGGUAGAUUGUAGAGAAGCGAGAUUUCACCCUGACCUCUUUGGAUGUGCAGUAUGUUCUCGGGUGCCUUAUGAAUGUGUUGGUCUGUCUGCGAUGGGGAGGAAGCUUUUGUUGCAAAAUUUAAAAGGGCAGAAAUUUUCAGCAUAAAAUGCGUUGCAGAAGGGGAGAGUCCUGAUGCCACGGUUCAACAUUAUUUGAAUUUUCAUCUGUUUUCUUGUCCACACGCGGAGCAAAAGGCGAGAGCUGGAAACAGGAGCUUGAAUUUUUCUGUCUGCCCAGCAAGCGGCAAAGUUAUUGGUGGAUGUGUCAGAAAAACUUGAUUUCUGCUUCAUGGAUUCAAGCCCAGGAGCUUCACAUGGUGACAGCACCUUGUGCUGGGUCGGCUUCAUUAGCAGCAAUGGGGUUUGAAAGUAUUAACGAGCAGCUGAACUUAAUUAAGGCAGCAAAGCCCAUCAGUGUUACAAGGCUCAGGUUUGUGCCUGUUGCUCUUGGCUUUCCCCGAUUUCUCGGGGAGCAGAGAAGGGGAUUUAACACCCAUCACAGCGCACCUAGGUGCAGUGUCGGUCUUCUGGGAGAAGACCUGAAAUCCACUUUUGUCUUUAAUUUUAUUUUUUAAAAUAAAGAACAGAAUAGUUCUAUAAGGGGGGCAGAGACAGAUGGGUGCCAGGGCUCCCAUCGCCACUUCUCUCUUCCCCUACCUACAGAAUUCGCUCUUGCGAUGUAGUGAAAGAAGAAGGAUAAAAACAAAAACCCAGAGAAGAUGAGACUUUUUCCUUCUAAAAAAUGUGAAUUCUUCACCCAUCGGUGCAUCAGGAGGCGUUCGGAGGCGAAGGGUGAGCCCCGUGGCAGUAUUUCUGCUUAAGCAUUUCCCUAUUCCUACCAACCAUGAGGGUUUAUUCAGUUGUCCCCCCAACUGGGCUUGGCCCAUGACUUUCCCCCCAACAUCUGGGAUUUCUCCCACCGAAGAACUUUUAUGUGAAACCCAUUGUUUUUUAACGUCUCGCCAUUUGUCUCUGCUAUUAAUGUACGUUCAUCCAGCCGUUAACUGCUUCGGUACGUCAGUCGCUCCAUCGAUACAUGAAAAAAAUCAAAACGUUGACCAAAAAUUGAUUUUUUUUUCCCAAAAAUUACAUGCUGCCAAUGGUAUCUUUCUGAAGCCCAUCAGUGGGAAGCCGGUGAGCAUAUGGCAUCAUUAACCAUGGUACCAUCUUGGGAAAACAGGUACCAUGAGGUCAUUUGAUGGGGAGCAGUGCUGGGAAGUUUUUGGGGUUUCAUUGAGUAUUUUCUUCUUUUGUUUUUGACUUCUGUUUUUUUUUAAUCGACUUUCUUUAGAAACAGUCGCCAAAGAGUGUAACUCUACACUGUGCAUCUUUGAAGGUGCAAAGCCACCGGCUACAUCGCCCCAAAUUAGCCAGAUUUCAUCUUUGCCGUUCCAUAAAAGUAUCUGUUUGGGGUUUUAAUAUCUUUUAAUGUAUUUUCCCCAUCAGCAAAGGGGGAAAAUUUCCUCCUUGGGCCAAACGUGUGUGGGGCCAAACCUGGGGGUGGCGUAAAGGCUGAAGCAUCCACAGGGGAGCAAUGCUCUGCGCCGGUCCCCCCUGGACGCAAAGCGUUUAAUUCACCCCAUUCCCAGCGAAAUUAUUUCCAAACUGAAGAUUUUUUGCUACUCACAAAGUAACUUGCUCAGUUUCCCCAUGAGGGUUUUCACCCCUGUUUGGAAAAGUCUCAUAUAUGGAGGUGAAAUGAAAAUGGGGGGCAGAGAGGGAGAAAAGGAAAAGUAAGCGAUUUGCUUUGUUCCCCUCUUCCCCCAAUGGAGAUUAAUUAGUAUCUAUUCUUGGCAUGAUUGAUGGCUUUGAAGGAAAACUUGUCAGAAUAACUUAUGAUUUAUUUUCAUGCUUAUUUUUAUAGCAUCCCUCACUUGGAAGUCUCUCAAAAUCUUAAAUAGGUUUGGUUUUUUAAUUUUUUAAUUUCCCCACUGGGUAUUUUAUGGCUUUACACUAAUUUCGCUCUUCUUGGUGUUAGUUAUUAGCCGGUCCCGGUGAUACUUGCAGUAUUUUUUCAGGCAAAAAUGACACUAAGGGUUGCGAAGUCCACUGUCGAUAGCCAGGGGAGCUGCGGUGUCCUGCAGAACAUGGAGUUGAAUGCUAGCGAUUCAUUAUUAUUUUUUUUAAUGUAUUUAUUUACAUUUUAAAAAAGAAGAAAAAAAAAAAAGCUACAUUUUUAAUUUAAUCAUAUUUGUUAAACUAAGUGCUUUAAAAAAAAAAUUUAAAAAAUAUUUAAAAAAAAAAAGGAAAAAGGUUUUGGGGAGAAUAAAGACUAGAUAUUCAUACUAGAGGAAACACAAAUUCAUUGUUUUCAGCAUUUCAGAGACUGUUAAAACAAGGGAGAUAAUAACUCUUUGUGGCAAUUCAGUCUUUGUUUAUAGAACAUCCAGACCCACUGUAUGCUAUAAAAAUGCAUCAUCUGAGUAAUAAAUGUUUAAAGCUUGA